CGGCCCAACAACACUAAGGAAUGAUACAGCUAUUUUGCAUUUUCGCAAUCGUGCUCUUGCAUCUUAUUAAUGGUGCAAAUUGUACACAGUCAUACGACCUAUUGAUCCACCCGGUAGGUGUAUCCUCCGCCAACGGGUAUCCUUUGUCAAACUUAUCCAUAAACUCAUCAACCAUAGACAGUCAAUUGUUGCUGAACAAAGCCUUGGCAACGAAAGACCUAACAGAAAGCCCAAAUGGAUGGUGCCUCUCUUUACGUUCUCAGCCCAGUGAUGAGCUAACAGCGUCAGGGUUAGAAUGCUUCAACUACUUCAAACCAGUUCAGUCUUUAUCAACUCAUAAUAUAGCAGGUGAGUUGGGUCUUGUGCUUGAUGUAGAACACAAGAUAGUUUCAGUCAAUUUCUACCCGAAAGAAAAAGGUGGACUCUCGCUGCACAUCAGCAAGUCUUACGAAAUCUCAGACCCACAACCUCGUUUACGUCUUGACGGUAAAACAGAUGCAACGGACGACGUAGAUAUACCAAAGAAAAGUACCAAAAAACAGAAGAACUUGGAACCAAAAGGAAAAAUACUUGAGGAGAAUAAAGAAGAUGAAACCAGCUUAGAAACCGACGAGUUGAAAGAUUUUCAGGAGAUAGUUAAGCCAAGGGGCUUAUACUCGGAUGAGAAAACAUUUAUAGAGAAAUACUGGGUGUACAUCGUGCCUCCGAUGUUGGUCAUUUUUGUUGUCGGGAAUCUAGGUGGAGCGUGAAAUCGUAGUAAGUUAGCAGUGUGUAAUACUGGCGAAAGUCAGAGGAAAAAAGAGGCACCAUGCCUGUUCGCCCAAAAAGGAAAUUAAUAUUUGAUGGAAGAAGCCAGAGAGAAAAAAAAAGAGGACACCGGUUG